CUGAGCACCAAAAAAGGGAAGACGUCACCCGUGCAGAUCUUCAACGUAUAGCCCAGGCAUCUUCUCUCCCCUGACGCUGAGCUGGUCCCACCAUGUCCGUCAUGGUGGAACUCGGCGACAACCCGUCGGAGAGGAUGACGGCCGAGGACAUCAUUGUCCACACGCGGCAGGCGAUGAAGGGCCUGGAAGCCCUGCGGAGCGAGAACAAGAGCAUCCACCACCGGCUGCAAGAGGCUCUGCUGAAGGAGCGGCAGCUGCUGGACGAGAGGCAGGAGGCGGUGGCAGUGGCAGAUGCUGCCUCUGUGGACAUGCAAGCGCUGGAGCUUCUGGAGGAGAAGCACGACCUGGUCUGCAAGAGCUUGGAGGGGAUCGAGCUGGGCAUCGCAGAGGCUCAGAUGAUGAUUGCGCUCUCCUCUCACAUCGGGGCUCUGGAGGCAGAGAAGCAGAAGCUGCGGGCCCAGGUGAAGCGGCUGUGCCAGGAGAACCUCUGGCUGCGGGAUGAGCUGGCCGUGGCCCAACUGAGGCUGCAGCACAGCGAGGAGAUGGUGGCCCAGCUGGAGGAGGAGAAGAAGCACCUGGAGUUCCUGAACCAGCUGAAACAGUACGACCCCAGAGAUGACCAGGCAGAGAAGGAUGACUCCGAGCAGAGAAAAGACAGCUUGUCCUCCCUCUUUCCCAGCGAUGAUGAUGAGCAGAGACCAGGCGGGCAGGGGCCGAGCACGGCCGCGUCGGCAGCCCAGCAAGGGGGCUAUGAGAUCCCGGCGCGCCUGCGUACGCUUCACAACCUGGUCAUCCAGUACGCCUCCCAGGGUCGCUACGAGGUGGCCGUCCCACUUUGCAAGCAGGCCCUGGAGGACCUGGAGAAGAGCUCCGGCCACAGCCACCCCGACGUGGCCACCAUGCUCAACAUCCUUGCCCUGGUCUACAGGGAUCAAAACAAAUACAAGGAAGCCACUGAGUUGCUCAAUGAUGCCCUGGAUAUUCGGGAGCAGACCUUGGGCGUGGAACACCCAGCGGUGGGGGUGACACUGAACAACCUGGCCGUGCUCUAUGGCAAGCGCGGGAAGUACAAAGAGGCCGAGCCCCUCUGCAAGAGAGCCUUGGAGAUUCGUGAGAAGGUAUUGGGCACGGAUCAUCCAGAUGUGGCCAAACAACUGAACAACCUGGCCCUUUUGUGCCAGAACCAGGGCAAGUUUGAGGAGGUGGAGCACUAUUACCAGCGGGCACUCCGCAUCUACCAGACCCGUCUCGGCCCGGAUGACCCCAACGUUGCCAAAACCAAGAACAAUCUGGCCUCCUCUUACCUCAAGCAGGGCAAGUAUCAGCAGGCGGAGGAGUUAUACAAGGAGAUCCUCUCUUCCCACGACCAGGAGCUGGCCGUCGGCCGGGGCGAUGAAAGCAGAACAGGAAUCGGGAGAAGUGCUCCAAAGGACCAGGAUGGCGCAGGGAGCCUCCGACGGAGCAGCUCCUUCUCCAGGUUCCGGGAAUCCAUCCGGCGGGGCAGCGAGAAGCUGGUCUCCAAACUCAAGGGGGAAGGGAUCCGGCGCACGACGGCACCCCCAGCCACAGGGAUGAAGCGGGCCACCUCCCUCAACGUCUUGCAUGUGGGAGAGUCCACGCCUGCUGCGUCGCCCACGCCCACCAGGAACCUGAUCGGCGCCCGCAGCCUCAGCUCCAGCACCCAGGACCUCUUGCACAGCCACUCCUCCACCUAGGACGGGCGGGGCUCUUUCCUCCGGCCCCUUCCUCGCCCGGCGCGCUUGCUGCCUGAGGCCUCCCUCCCUCUGCUUCCGUUGCUGGAUCUCGCCUUCGACGUGGCUCCUCGGGAGAGGGCUUGGGGACCCCCCCCCCGUGCGCCAUCCGGAGGAGAGCGAGGUGGCUGGCUGCAGCUCUGGUCAUGGAGACCACCAGCUCUGGUCUGCCUGAGGAGUCCCCCCCCCGCCCGGCCCCAUCCUCACCUUUCCUCCCUCUGGGAAGGACCUGGGGCUGGCUGGGAAGCUCCCCUGCGGAAGAGGACAGAGACUGCGAUGUCUCAGGAAGUUGGGGAGGCAGGGGGCACACACGCACACCCCCCGCACCACGUAAGCAGCACAAACACGAGGGGGGGCCUCCGUCACCCUCGCGACUGCCUUAAGCCCUCAGACUUCAGGGUCCUGCUCACUUGCACUCGUACAUCGCCUGCUCGGGCAGAACGGCGUCUGCUGCAGCUUCCUCCGUCCAGCCUAAGUCUCUAUUUAUUCUUAUUUAUGCCAUAGGAAGCGUAGCAUUCCCCCCCCCCGCCGCCGCCCUGCUGCAAAAAUAGUGGUGUUGUUUCUUAAUAUUUUUUAUAAAAAGGUGGUUGUAAGCAGAGACAGCGUCUUGGGGGAGUACUUUGCAUGAGCUCCGACCGUGUCGUGGGAGAGACGACGCCUUUGCGGGCAUCCUCGGGGCCUGCUCUGUCAAGGGGAGAGGUCGACUCUUUUGCAAAAUGGGGCUCCUCUCCAUCCCUUCAAAAGUCAAACAGCUUCUCCCCUCUGAGGCCCGAAGGGCACCAACGGCGAC